AUAAUAUUCAUUCUGGAUAUAUCUAAUGAACAUUUUAAGAAAUGCUGACUUCUUUGGAGUUCCCUUUGUACAAAGUAUCGAUUAAAAAUAGACAACAUACAAGAGUGUACUUGGAGGAAUAUUAACAUUAACAAUCUUUGCAGCAAGUCUUGCCUAUGCAAUUUGGGUUAUUUACCUUUGGUAAACUAAGUAGAUGAAUCCAAAAAUAUCGAAUUCAAAAUAUGUAUCAGACUAUACUUUGCUUGAUCUAAAUUAAGAUGUCUUAAAAGUAUACUAUUGGAAAUAUGAUGAUAAUUUGAUUGACCCUUUUUAGAACAACAUUUUAUUGCCAUUGGUAAUUUAUACAAAAAAAAAUAAAUUAACAACACCUCAGCUAAUUGAAAAUUACACUACAUCGCCUUACGGAAAUUUGUAUAUACCAAAAACAGAAUUAGGUUUUUCUUAUAUUGAUGGAGAUAUAUAUACAUCUGAAGAAAUGUAUAUAUAAAUUGUUUUAUGCUCAGAAAUAUAUUUAAAACCUAAUCAAACAUGUGCAUCAACCGAACUAAUUUAAAAAUUCUUUAGUUAAUCUUAUAAUAUUAUUGGAAUACAAAUUUAUACAAAAACUUUAGAUUCUAGGGAUGGUUCAGAAUAAAGUGGAUUAUAAGAAUUUUACAUAUAAAUAGAAUAAAAAUAUUGCUAUACUAUGAAUACAUUUCUCGAAACGAACUUAUAUGAACUAUAAGAUUAUUUUUUAUUUGGAAAAUCAAACUACAAAGAAUAUAUAACGGGUGCACUAGUACAAACUUAAACUAGUACUUUUGAAUAUUGUUAAAAAGCAUUUUAAAGUGAUGCACUUUCUAUUAUUUAUAUUGGGAUGAAAGGAAGUCAAAUGAAAACUAUUUUUGAAUAUCCACGAGCCGGUGAUAUUUUAGCAAAUAUUGGAUCUAUAGUUUCACUAUUAUUUAUGAUCAAAUACAUUAUUAUUGUAUUAAAUCAAUAUUCUCUCAAUUAGAAGGUAUUGUAAGAACUCAUCAAUUUUUAUUACCCAGAAUUUAAAAAGAUUUGUAUCAAAAAAAAUUGGAGAAAUUAAAUAAUUAAAAUUAAUUUUAAUCAAGUAGAAGUAGAUACGAAUGAAUAUAAGAGAUUUUAUCAAAAGGUUUCUAGACAAAUGUAAUAAAAAUUGAGUUUUCUCAAUUUAUUGUAUGAAAUAUCUCGGUUAUAUUUAAUUAUUAGAUCUUUAAAAUAUAGAGAAGAACUUUUGAAAUCUCAUGAAGUCGGAAUAAAAAUAAACCUCACUUAGGCAAAAGAAAGUGAUGCACUUUUUGGUUAAAAGUCCUCUUGUUCAGUAAAAUCAUAUCAAGAUAAUUUUUUACUAAAUGAAGAUGAUGUAGAUUUAUUAUCAUUAGCAAGAAGAAAAACUGAAAAAAACUAUGAAAAUAUUCCAGAAGAAAUUUAUAAUGAAAUCGAUUUUUAUAAUACAAAUAAAAUUAUUUGA